UCGCCCUGCGACCACACAGAGGCCGUGACCCGCUUCCUUCUGGCGAGAGGACUUUGUCCCUGCUGUUUUUUGGCAGAGACUCCCAACCUGGCCAACGGAGCUGGGUCCAACUUCAUAACUGGGAUCUUCCUCUCUGGGCGGUGCAGGGAUCGCAGUCCCUCGGGGCGGGGACUGACCCCGAGCGCCCCACCCCGCGUGCCUGGCGCCACCUCCCAGGGCGGUCCUGCCCCAGCGUCGUUUUCCUCUACCCCUGCGGCGCUAGCGGCGGGCGAUGGCCCGACCCUCGGGGGACCGGCCGGGGGCCGAAGCGACCCAGGCCCUGGGCGCUCUGUGGGGCUACCGCGCCUACGGGCGCCGGUGGUUCUUUCUGCUGGUGCUCAGCCUGCUCAGCUUCUCCAAUGCCACGCUGUGGCUCAGCUUCGCACCUGUGGCCGACACGAUUGCCCACCACUUCCUCCUCUCCACCGAGCAGAUCAACUGGCUUUCGCGAGUCUACCUCGUGGCGUCCAUCCCAUCCGGCUUGGUGGCCAUCUGGGUUCUGGAUUCUGUUGGGCUCCGCUGGGCAGUGAGUCAGACCCCAAAUGAGGGGCAAAUCUUGAAUGGGGCAGGGUCCUUAAGGGGAUUUCCAGGUAGAGCCCCUGGGGUGGCAGGACAGUCGUCAGGGUGCUGGGUGGGGAGUCUGGGCUGGGCCAGGCAGCGCUCCGACCCCAUCCCUGCAGACCAUCGUGUGCGCAUGGCUGAACUUUGCUGGGAGUGUGUUCAGAACCGUGCCCGUGUUCGUCUGGAUCCAGGACCCAUUUGCCUCCCUCCUGGGUGGGCAGAGCCUCUGUGCCCUGGCCCAGGCCCUGAUCGUCUUCUCUCCAGCCAAGCUGGCUGCCCUGUGGUUCCCCGAGCACCAACGAGCCACAGCCAACAUGAUUGGCACCAUGUCAAAUCCCCUGGGCAUCCUGGUGGCCAACCUGCUUUCACCUGCCCUGGUGAAGAAGGAGGAGGACAUCCCCGUGAUGGUGAGGGAGCUCAUGAGCUGGGCAUCUAUGUCAUCCCUGCUGGCAUUGCCUGCCUGCUGGCCACCGCCUGCCUCUUGGAGAGCGUGCCCCCCACCCCACCCUCUGCUAGGGCCACCCGCACCACCUCAGAGAAGUUCCUGGAUGGGCUGAAGCUGCUCCUGCGUAACAAAGCCUAUGUCAUCCUGGCCGUGUGUUUUGGGGGCGGCAUCGGCAUCUUCUCCAGCUUCUCAGUCCUUCUGGAGCAGGUCCUUUGUGUGAAGGGCUACUCUAACGAAUUUACAGGCCUUUGCGGGGCUCUCUUCGUUGUGUUUGGGGUCCUGGGGGCACUGGCUCUCAGCCUGUAUGUGGACCGAACCAAGCACUUCACUGAAGCUGUCAAGAUUGGCUUCUGUCUGACCUCCCUGGUCUGCGUGGCAUUUGCCCUGGUGUCUCAGCUGCAAGGACAGACCCUCGCACUGGCCGCCAUCUGCUCACUACUCGGGUUCUUUGGCUUCUCAGUGGCACCCAUUGCCAUGGAGCUGGCAGUUGAGUGCUCCUUCCCUGUGGGUGAGGGUGCUGCUGCGGGCCUGAUCUUCGUGCUGGGGCAGGCCGAGGGCGUGCUCAUCAUGGUACUGCUGACUGCCCUGACCGUGCAUCGUGCAGAGCCGUCCAUCUCCACCUGCCAGGAUGGCCAGGACCCACUGGAUUGGAAGGUGUCCCUGCUGCUGAUGGCUGGCCUCUGCACCUUCUUCAGCUGCUUCUUGGUGCUCUUCUUCCAUACCCCGUACCGGCGCCUACAGGCUGAGGCCAGUGCAAGCUGCUCCAUCCAGAAGGACAUGUCCCCUGCAACUGGAGACCAUGAACCCCACCCGCACGCACCCCCGGAGGCUCUACCUUGGCACCCGCACAACCUCCAGCACUGAUGCUGUAGGAAGCUCAGGGCAACUCAUUCCUAGAGCUGCUCCCCUGGCCCUACCUUCUCGUUCCUGGGAGCCCUGAGCCCCUGGAACCCUCGGGACUUUUAGAGAUGUCACAAGGAUCCCUGCUGAGGUCUAGAAGCCAGAGAGCAGUUAGUGCAUCAAGAAAGUGGCUCUGGGGACAUGAAGGUGAGGCCAAGAGAGGCAGGCUUUGGUCACAGGGUGACAUCUUCCUGCAGGUGCCAGAGGGACUUGGGGCAAGGCAGGAUGGCCCAGAGGAGACCCUGUGGCUGUAGCAAGAACUAUUGGUGCUGUGUGGACAAGCAGAUGCCCCCAUGGCCAGGCCGGACCCAGGGGGGCUGGUGCUGGAGCAGUGUCUGGGGUGUGGACCUGGCAUGAGAGACAAGAGCUGAGGGGGAUGGGUCAGGGGUCCUGAGGGCCCCUAGCAUGACUGAGUCCGGAGCGGACAGUUGUGAGAAAGGCUGUCCUUGAGGAAUCCCAACCCGUAGCUUUACUCAACCUCUGCCGACCGCUGAGUGGCUUGACCCCCAGCGUGACUGCUAGCACAGUGAAUGGGGCCAGGCUGGGUUGGGAGGGGGAAGCAGAGGGAGGGCCCUGCAGGCAGCUGUUCCCUCUCCCAGCAGACCCUUCCCCCGCAUACUCUCCAAGUUCCAGCAAACACUCCCACCUGCAGUGGACCCUCCCCACACCCUCCCCGGCAAGGCAGACCUUCCCCCACCACCCCGGCAGAAGCUCCCCACCUGCAGACUCUCCCACCCCCAGGUGGGCUCCUCCUCCUCCUCCCCCUGCAGGCACUGGCAGGCAGGUUUGUGGGUGCAUGUUUAUUGAACUGGCUGCAGCCCGGGGGUGGGGUGGUGGGGAGGUGCCCCUCACUCCUCCUUCUCCUCCCCGUGAGUGAGCACGUAGCUCAGCGCCUUGUAGUCCAGGUUGCCUGCAGCAUCGAUGGUGGCAAACUGGAACAUCUGGUCAACCUGCAAGCCAGUAUAGUGUGGGGAGGGGGUCAGGCCCAGGGAGGAGGGGAGGGAGCAAAAUGGUCCCGUGAAUUACAGGCGCUGAACUUCA